AUGACGGUCGACUCAAAGCCCAGCACCAUCACAGUCGGGGUGCUCGCCCUCCAAGGCGGCGUCGUCGAGCACCUCAACCUCCUCCGCAAAGCCGCAGGCCACAUCGCCUCCCCGGCAUUCACCUUCGCUUUCGUCGAAGUGCGCACCGCCCCGCAGCUCGCGCAAUGCAAUGCCCUGAUCAUACCCGGCGGCGAGAGCACCACCAUGGCCAUUGUUGCCCGCCGGCUGGGGCUGCUUGAUCCGCUGCGCGAGUUUGUAAAAAUCCAACACAAACCUGUCUGGGGAACCUGCGCGGGGCUGGUCAUGCUCGCCGAGCAGGCCAGCGCGACCAAGCAGGGCGGGCAGGAGCUGAUUGGGGGCCUGGACGUGCGGGUGCUGCGCAACCGGUACGGCUCGCAGGUGCAGAGCUUUGUGGCCGAGUUGGAGCUGCCGUUUCUUGAUGCCAAUGCCAGUAAUGCCAAGGGGGAAGCCGCCGCCGGCGAGCGGACGUUUAGGGGCGUUUUCAUCCGUGCUCCGGUUGUGGAGGAGAUCAUUGCCCCGGGUGACGGUAGCGAGAAGGGUAAUGGUGAUGGUGCCGGGAAGGGGGGAGGAAGGUCUGUGGAGGUAUUGGGCGUUUAUCGUAAGGCGGAAGAGGGCAAACCUGGGGAGGGCGAGGGCGAGGGCGAUAUCGUCGCGGUGAGGCAGGGGAAUGUUCUUGGGACGAGCUUCCACCCGGAGUUGACUGACGAUGUGAGGAUACAUGUUUGGUGGCUGAGGCAGGUUGUGGAGGCGGCGAGGCACGGGGAUCUGGUGGUGGGUGGUGCAUGA